CCAAAAAUUUAAAAUUCUAUCCGUUGGAGGACAACGGUAACCCAGAUAAUCGAUUGUCAACAAGUGAUAAUCGAUUAUUGGUCCUCUCAGAAGAUUCUGGAUUUUGGCUGCAAAGACUGAUAAUCGAUUAUUGAUAAUCGAUUAUGGCGUGCUUCAGAACUUUGGAAGUUUAAAGCUGCAGGGGCUGAUAGUCGAUUGUCACUAAGAUUAUUACUUUUAUCAACUUAUACAACUCGGAACGGACCACCUGAGGCUUGAUCCGUCCAUUUGAGGGACCCAUGAAGUUGGAGCGGUCCACUGGAAGCCAAAUCCGUCCAUCUAAGGGACCCAUGAAGAUGGAGCGGUCCACUAGAGGGCAAAUCCGUCCAUGUGAAGGACCUAUAAAGAUGGAGAGGUCCAUUGGAGGCCAAAUCUGUCCAUGUGAAGGACCUAUGAAGAUGGAGUGGUCCGCUGGAGGCCAAAUCUGUCCAUGUGAAGGACAUAUGAAGAUGGAGCGGUCCAUUGGAGGCCAAAUCCGUCCAUGUGAAGGAUCUAUGAAGAUGGAGCGGUCCGCUGGAGGCCAAAUCUUGUUGGAAUGCAUGAGUUCAACCCUUUCUGUGUUGUUAAGUGUUGACUCACAGGUUUUGAUAAUUGACAAACACAAUUUAUUCAAGUCAAGAUCAAAGUGCUACAACUACAAACACGAAGACACGAAGACUUGAAGUGCCAUUCCUUGAAGUAUUCAAGAAGGGAAAGAAACGGAUCUGUGAGGCAUAAAUACGGUCUUCUCCUUCGUUUCACACGCAACAAGAGUGGGGAAACUUCGCCGAUCGGACUUCUUCUUUCCUUCCGAUCGCGGACAUAACAGUGGGAAUUAGAGAGGACAGCUAGAGACGCGAUCUUCUUCUUCGUUCUUCGCCAAUUCCAAUUCGUAACCAGUCAAGCGAGUGAGACCGCCGGGGAGGGAAAUCGCCGGAACAAUUCGCUGGGAAACUACAUCACGUAAAUUGAGAUUCU